UGGAUGCGCUGAAAUCCGCCGGCAGAGCGAUCAUUAAGAGCCCCGGCGUCCCGCGACACACCUGGGGAACUUCAAAGCAUGAAAGCGUGUGUUUGCAUAUCAGCUCAGCCCCUCCUGUCCUGCAGAGACAAAUCCCAUUUCUAUUUGUGCGCUUUUGAAAAAUUCAACUCCCCGCACCUUUCCCCGAGACACGAUGUCCCUUUUUCCGAGCUCAGCGAGCUGCCAGAAAACUGGACGGACACAAAGGAGACCCUGCUGGAAGGGAUGGUGUUCAAUGUCAAGUAUCUUGGUAUGACCCUGGUGGGCCAACCUAAAGGAGAGGACAUGGCCUCAGCUGCCAUUCGAAGAAUCGUUGCAACGGCCAGAGCCAGUGCCAAGAAGUUUCGGAAGGUAACCCUGACGGUGUCUCCAAAGGGCAUAAUCAUCUCAGACACAGAGACUGCAGAUCUAAUCGAGAACGUCUCAAUAUACAGAAUCUCAUACUGCACCGCAGAUAAAACUCAAGACAAGGUCUUCGCUUACAUCUCCCAAAGCCAGUUCAACGAGACUCUUGAGUGUCAUGCAUUCCUCUGCCAAAAAAGAAAAAUUGCUCAGGCUGUGACUUUAACUGUAGCGCAGGCUUUUAAAGUAGCGCUUGAUCUUUGGGAGAUUGCUCAGGAAGACAAAAACAAGAAAGUGAGGACCUGCUGUUCCUGUUCAGCCAACGACGGACAGACGGAGACGACAGAGACGCAGUGUGUUCCUUCAGACAAGCCGGUCAUGCCCCCACCCCCACUCGACACACCCCUGCUGCGAGGCGAGGCCACCCCCGCAGUCGCACACCGCCCAACCCAGAACUCCACACCACAUUGCCGGCUAGUCAACCAGGCACCUAAACUGGGAGCCAAAAUCUAA